AUGAGCUCCUCGCCGAGUAUAGACGGCUCCAGGAAAAGCAGCAGUGGGAACAGCCCGCGAGAUGUGGCGGAGACGCCAACUCAAGUUUCCACGGAGCAUGCUACAAAGCAGGAAGUUGUGGUUCAAAUUCUGUCCUUCCAGUUGCUCCGCAGGUUCCAAAGCAUUGCUAGAAAAGUGGUUGUGAUGUGUCGAGUCUGCAUGCACCUGCGCGUGGCAUCAAAAGCCUUCAUGCAAGUCUGGGCAACGUUGACAAAGUAUGGCAGCAAGACGCAGACUGAAGAGGAACAGAGAGAGAGCAGCAAAGCGGCAUUUGACCUUCAGUACUUCAAGUCACAGCAUAACAACCUUUCCAUUAGGGAGAUUCAGAUCACCAUGAAAGUACCUGAGCAGAGAUCGAUGGAAGAGCUGGAACUGCUUUUAGUUGUACUGAGAUCUUUGCUGAGCUUCAGACACUACAGCAAGUCCUACCAGCUUUUGCUGGCAAAAAUAAUGAGAUAUGAACGGUUCAGGAGGAGGAGGGUGAUAACAAGGAAAGGGGAUCCUGCACACAGUUUCUACUUCAUCUACUCUGGAGGUGUGAGCUUCACCACAGACCAGGAUGGGAGCAGUGCGUUUAAGGAAGAACAGCAAGCUGAUUUGCGGAAGGGUGCCAGGUUUGGAGAGAUUCCUGUGCUUAAGUGCUUGCGAAGGAACUUCACUGCUGUCUGUGUGGAGGACACUGAGCUGUUGGUUGUGGACAAAGAGGACUUCUUUGCAAAUAAGCUUGACCAGGUGUUGGUGGAGGAGGCACAUCAUCGCUUUAUUUUUUUCAGAUCACUCAAUCUUCUGCAGUCACUGCCUGACAGUUCCAUCGAGGUCCUAUCCGACCAUUCAACAACAGAAGAGUUCCUCUAUGGCCAGGUUAUUCCACACAAUAUGGACAACCUUAUUUUUGUGACCAAGGGCCGCUUUGUGAUACUGCGACUAGUGGAUCUCUCUCGGUGUCAUUCCUACCACAGGUUCAUUGCCCAGGAGCUGCCCUUCAUCAAAAACAUCUACAAAGGCACAGAGUCAAUUGCUACUUUUAAGGUCGACAAAAGGUUGCUGAACUUAACGAGUCGAAGAGCUUCAUUGUACCAGCAUCAGAAACACUCGUCUGGCCUGUCUAAGAAGAGAGAACACCUGCGGAGUCUUUCUGAGACCUUUAAACAACACCGUUCAAGCACCAACAAGAGAGAUGGUGAAGCUUCUAUUCUAAGUGGUUCCUUUGCGAUGCUGGAACCAACCCCUUCUGGCUCAAGGCAAAAUGUAACAGUGGAACAGUGGAAACUGCAAAAAAUGGGCAGUGCCACCAGUGAACAUUCCGAAGACAUUCCAUUGCCUUCAAGUAAGCCGACAAAGCAACCUUCUGCCGGCCACCAUUCACAGCUUCCCAAAGCCCUGGCCGUCGCUGCCUACAUGCGGAUAGAUUCGAUUCUACCAGGAGAGGUCUUUGGCCUGCGGCAAUACUUUAAGCCCAAUAACCUUAAGGAUAAGCGAACCUUCAGCAUCAAGAGCGUAGGCACCAAGAUUGUAAGGAUUGACAUGGAGACUUUUGCUGAAAUAGCUGACAACAAAACACUGCAAAAAGUCAGGAAGCUGCAGUCUGUUUACCCCAGUGACGACGAGCUCUGUGAGCUCUUCAUCAGAAGUAACUUCUGGAAAACCUUUAAGAAGGAGAUGAUUGCCAAGAUCACCAGUGGUUCUCGCCGACUUUCAACUGUUGGGAAAGCUCCAUUGUCGGGACAAGGGGAGGCCGUGUAUGAGAUUGACAAAACUGGCCUUCUGAACCUUCCCGAGAUUGCCAGCAAUCCACAUUCCAUUUUCUCAAAGCCUCCAUACUAUGUAACUCCUGUUAUAAGGGUGAAGGAAGAUGAAGACUUCAAAUUACCAGAAAUAGAUCUGCAGUUGAUACAUGGAGUGGAAAAGAUCCCAUCUAAUUUAAAGCACGUGUUAUUCUGA